AUGCAACGUCUGCUAACUUGGACUCCUGAAAGGCUUGAAGCGUAUGAGGCUCUGUGGACGGCUCUAUGUUCCGCUCCUGCUCUGGGGCUCCCGAACUAUGCGAAAGAGUUCCAUCUCUAUGCCUGCAAGCAUGAGGGCACUGCCUCUGCUGUCUUGGCCCAGGGGCCUUUCAAAUAUCGCCUGGUGAUGGUAGAUAAGUUCUCAAGGUGGGUAGAGGCUUUUUCCUGUCAGCGUGAAAAUUCUAAGGUUGUUACACGUAUUCUGGCCAAAGAAAUCCUGCCAAUCCUGCCACACGCUUUUGACUCAGAUAAAGGAACGCCAUUUACUUCUAAAAAACACAAGAUCUGUGUAAAAAUUCCUUACAAUUCCUAUUUCAACAUCCUGUUCAAAACACAAUUAAUAGAGAUGAACGGUGGGCCAAGUUCAGCUUUCGUACAGAACCCAUUUCACUAUUACCGGGACAUCGCGGCUGGUCAUCACAUGUACCCCAAAUUACCCUAACUGGAAGAUUAUUUUACAACCCGGAGGCUUCUGCAUGAAGUGCAUGCUCUCGGCUCACGGUUCGAUUCGCCACGUGACGGUGCAUGGCUUCUGCACCUGGUGCCUAACUGCGUGGAACCGGAGGAACCUCCGGACAGUAACGGGUAUGUGGGCGAUGAAGACUCGACUGAUGAAACUACAACCUUAGACAAAUCAGCUGAUGAUAAGAUGACGAACAUGAUGAUGAUGAUGAUGAUGUCCCGGGACACAGGAUAUGUUGAGUAUGAGGAUAUCAUGAGCUCUCUCUUGUUGAAACAGCUUCAAGAGCCCCAAAGUAUUAAUUUAUAUGUACUUUUCCAGGAGACAAUUUUAGCACAAACAGAUGAGGGACUUGUAAAAGAAAUGGAUGGAAUCAAUCUUGACUCAGCAACCCAACUAAUUCAAAGCUCAGAUUUUGAGUCUUUAUUUGCACAGCAUGUGCCUGACAUGGACCCCAUCAACUACAAUGCCAGCCCUCAAGAUCCCAUGGUUAGCAGUAAUGGUGACUGCAGACCAAACCCAUUUAGAGGUGGAACAUAUGCCACACCACACCACAUGCCUCUCUUCAGCCUAGAAUCUAUUAACUCAUACAAUAGAGAUACACCUUCAACAGCUGUCAGUGCUCUGGCUUUACCCCCUUUCUCCUCAUUAAGAAAUAACUUUCAUGGAACCUCAUACUCCACAGCUGGGUAUUUGCAUGAGGCUGUGUUUGAACAGAUAGACUUGUUGGGUCUGGAGGGCCUGGGUAGUGUGGAUGAAGAGGUAAUAAAUGGAAUUUAUGGCAGUUUGGAUACUCCAUGGCUGGGAAGUGGCCUGUCACUGGAGACCAAUUCCAACCCUUCCUCAGCCUCCAUGUCCUCUAGAGAUUCGUUUUGCAAGGAUGGAGCCAUGGGCUACAGUACUGAAUUAGAAUACUUUUUAGGUUACGGUGGAGCUUGUGCAUCAUCAUGCUAUGAUUGGCCACAGGUAAGCAUUAACAACAUCUGGCAUGACCACAACUAUGUGGCCCGGUCACCUGAUGACCAUAACCCACGAAACUAGACCCAAACUCAAGCUAUAAAAUAAGAAGUAAUGAAUGAGAAUGAACCUGGAGUGGAAGAGCCAGGCUGGGAUGAACAGCGUCUGCAGGCUCUUGGUUUUCCAUUUUCUGCCCCUGAAAUUGUUAACAUGCCAGUGGAAGACUUCCUGGAGCUGCUGGAAGGGAGGAGUCUAUCCACAUCAGAGGUCAUGCUACUGCGGGAUGUACGCAGACAUGGGAAAAAAAAAUUAGCUGCAAAAAACUGCAGGAAAGGGAAGCUGUCUGCCAUCUUGGGCGUACAGGCUGAGGCUAGAGACUUAGUGUCUCAGUGUGAUUCCCUUCUGCGUGAGAGAAAAUGUACCACCAAGUCUCUGCCAGUUACAGCUGAAUUUCAUGUUGUACUUGUUCAGCUAAGGGAUGAACAUGGACAGUCCCUCAACCAAGAGCGAUACACACCUGACUGUGGUACAAACGGACGAAUAGUGGUCCGACCACGAACAAACGCUGUGAGAAUGAUCACAACAAGGACCAAAACAACAAAUAUUGAGAAGGAUAAAAAAACGUUAACAACCAUUUUGAUUUACAUUUUGAUUGUGUUUGUAUAA